AUGAGCCCCGGCGCCUUCAAGCGACGCGGCGAGGGCGUGGAAAUCGCUUAUGGACUGCAUCCGAGCCCCUUCGGCCCCUGCUUUGUCGGGCAGACGGAGCGCGGCAUCUGCGCCCUGGGUUUCGCCGAUGGUGGCGAGGGCAAUGGCGAAGCAGUCCGCGCCGAGUUCGAGCGUCGCUGGCCCGCCGCGCGCUUCCACGAGGAUCGUGCCGCUACCGCUCACGUCGCAGCGCGCAUUUUCGGCGAGCGCCCAGCAGACAGCACGCCACUCCGCCUGGCUGUCGCCGGCACCAACUUCCAACUCAAGGUCUGGGAGGCACUGCUGCGCAUUCCCCCCGGCCGCAUCACCUCCUACCACGCGCUGGGCCAGGCGCUGGGGCUGCCGCGUUCGGCCCGCGCGGUGGGCGGCGCCGUUGCCGCCAACCCGGUCUCGUAUCUGAUCCCCUGCCACCGGGUGAUCCGGCACACGGGCCGCAUCUCGCACUAUGAGUGGGGCCGCUCCCGCAAGCGUGUCAUGCUGGGCUGGGAGGCGGCGCACUUCGGUCCGGCCGCGAGCGACGGCGCAUAG